CUGACGUCGACAGCCUGUCCUUUUUCACAAUGCUUGUUCCCUCCUGAUCUUCACAUAUCAUCCAAUACUCCUUGCAAAAAAUCAUCAAUCUACUUCUGUCUUCCAUUUCAUCGCAAACAUGGUGUUCAAGCCCCAACAAGACGCGUACGUGCUCGGCGUCGGCCUCACAGAGUUCCUCAAGCCCCGACGAACUCGCGACUAUGUCGAGCUCGGCUUCGAGGCCGGCGUGAAGGCCAUGAAGGAUGCGCAGAUCAACUACGACGACGUCGAGAUGGGCGUCGCCUGCUACUGCUACGGCGAGACCACCCAGGGCCAGCGUAUCUUCUACCAGUUCGGCAUGAGCAGCAUCCCCAUCUACAACACCAACAACGCCUGCGCCACCGGCUCGACCGGCCUGCACAUGGCCCGCACCAUGGUCAGGGCGGGUGCGGCUGACUGCGUGCUCGUCGUGGGCUUCGAGCAGAUGCAACCCGGUGCCAUCAAGGCUGGCUGGGAGGACCGUCCGAGUCCGAUGGGCUUGUCCGUGGACAUGAUGCGUGAGUCCCGGGGAAGGGACGACAAGUCUCCCCGAAAUGCUCAAUUUUUUGGCAAUGCCGGACGCGAGUACAUGGAGAAAUACGGCGCCCACGAGGACGACUUUGCCGAAAUCGGCCGCAUCAGCCACGAACACUCGCAACGCAACCCUUACGCCCAGUUCAAGAAGGCCUACACCCUGCAGGAAAUCAAGGACUCGGGCAUGAUCUACCACCCCGUCACCAAGCUCCAGUGCAGCCCGACGAGCGACGGAGCCGGCGCGGCCGUCAUCGUCUCCGCCAGCUUCCUCGAGAAGCGCGCACACCUCAAAGACCAGGCCGUCCUCAUGGCCGGCCAAGCCCUCCGCACCGACGACCCCAGCCUCUACUCCGGCAGCGCCAUGGACCUCGUCGGCUUCGGCAUGAGCAAGACGGCCGCGCAAGACGCCAUGAAGGAGGCGGGCGUGACCCCUAAAGACAUCAAGGUCUGCGAGCUGCACGACUGCUUCUCCGCCAACGAGCUCAUUCUGCUCGAGGGCCUCGGCUUCUGCGAAAAGGGCAAGGCGCACGAGAUGGUGCGCAAGGGCGACAUCACCUACGGCGGCCAAGUCGUCAUCAACCCCUCCGGCGGCCUGAUCUCCAAGGGCCACCCCCUCGGCGCAACAGGCAUUGCACAAUGCGCCGAGCUCUGCUGGCAACUCAGAGGCUGGGCCAACAACCGCCUCGUCGAAACCGACGUCGCCCUCCAACACAACCUCGGCCUGGGCGGCGCGGUCGUCAUCAACGUCUACAAGCGCGCGGACGGCAAGAAGAACCGCAAGCUGUCGGACGAGGAGAUCAUCAAGAACUCCGACUGGGACUACAACCCCGCCACCGUGGCCAAGUUCAUCACAAAGGCCGACGCGGACAAGGUGCGCAGCCGGAAGAACCGCUCCGAGUAUGCGAUUGCCGAUACGCAGGAGAAGAUCCAGGCCAGGCUGUAGAUGAAGAGGCCUCUUGGCAGAUUGCAUGUGCGGUGUGGAUGGGUUCAUUUCGUGUGGGCUAGUUGGUGGGUGUGAGAAUGGAUUGAGUAGAGCCAAUAUUCGACUAUUAUGAUAUUGCAAAGCUCUAGUCUCUUCUCUUUCGCUGCUUGGCUGCCUCUGCCUUGGUUGCCGGUGUAUUAUUGGCGUCUGUCAUGCGAUUCAUUCG